CAUGGCAGAGGCUCUGGUCAGUCUUCCUCUCACUAACUUGGAAUGGUUACAAAUCGCAAGCAGCCGCGCUUAACCCGAGGACCAAUUCACCAAGCAUAUCCACUGGAUCGAUGUUACACUAAUCUCUGAAGCUGUCCUGUCAAAUAUACAGGCUUGAAGACAUGAUCACUAGCACCAGUAUUUAUGGCCUGAAGAUGCAGUGGACCCCAGAGCAUGCGCAGUGGGCCGAGCAACACUUUGACAUCUCCUCCACCACCCGCUCCCCAGCACACAAAGUGGAGGCCUACCGAGGGCACCUGCAGCGCACCUACCAGUACGCCUGGGCCAACGACGACAUCUCAGCUCUCACCGCCUCCAACCUGCUGAAGAAAUACGCGGAGAAGUACUCCGGGAUUUUAGAGGGUCCAAGCGAACGAGCGCUGCUCUGCUCCUAUUCCGACAGCGCCCCCGGACUCCUGAACGGACGCAAGUCAGAGAGCGAGUCCUGGCAGGAGGGGAUUUACCCAAUGACCUGCGCUCCAGAUGUGAUAUCCAUGAGCAAAGCUGGAAUGACAGCUGCCAUUCCCCCCACAGACGUGUUAGCCAGCAUAGGUAGCUCCCCCGGGGUGGCUAGCAGCCUGAGUGAGCCCAGCUAUUCCAGCAGUAACUGUGGGAGUCACACGGCCACCAGUCUGCAUUCUGGUCUGCCCUCUCAGGAAUACGCUGCUGGCUACAAUGGCUCCUACCUGCACUCCAGUUACAGUGGGCAGACCACGCCAGGCCUCCCCUCACCACACCCCUCUCCACUGCACAGCGGCGGUCUACUGCAACCCCCACCGCCGCCACCCCGCCCCCCCCCAACCCUAGUGCCCGGCUACAACGCAGGGUCUCCUAACCUGUCCAGCUACAAUUAUCCUCCAACAGGUUAUCCCCAACAGACGGCUGUGGCCCCUGGCUAUAGCACCGGGGUAGCACCCCCCCCCUCUGCCUAUCUGCCAUCCGGCAUCGCGGCUCCCACCCCACUGCCCCCCUCCACACUCCCCGGCUACACCUACCAGUCCCAUAACCACGCUCCCAUUGCGCCAACGCCUGUGAAUGGCAACUCAGCCAACUCACUGAAAAGAAAAGCUUUCUACAUGACGGGGCAUGGAGAUAUGGACUCCAGUUAUGCUAAUUUCAACUACAACCAACAGCGCUCCUCACAAAGCCCCAUGUACAGAAUACCAGACAACAGCCUGUCAGACUCAAGCAGGGGGAAUGGCUUUGACAGGAAUGCUGAUCCGUCAUCUUUAACAUUUAAGCCAACAAAGCAGCCAAUAUCCUCAGAUCAGCAAAGAAAAUUUAGCGGUCAGUCUGGCAGGGCACUCACCCCUCCAUCCUAUGGCUCAACCAAAAGCUCUGCGGGAGGUCUGAGAUCAGGAGAGUCCUUUGGAAAGUUUGGAUCUCCCAUCCCCAUGAGUGAGCACAGUGAAGAGCACAGACAGCACCUGUCCCAUUCCAUAGCUGGGUCAGACAUUGGAAGUGCUACCUCAUCCAGUCACACUGCAGAGGAACAGCUGAAGAACAGCGAUGCUAACCUUGUGGAGUUGGUUACUACAGAGGUCCUUCAGCCCGGUCCACCUGUCGACUGGAGUGACAUUGCAGGUCUGGAGCUGGCCAAAGCAGCAAUCAAAGAAGAAAUUCUUUGGCCCAUUUUGAGGCCAGACAUGUUCAGUGGACUCGCCACAUUACCUCGGAGCCUCCUUCUCUUUGGACCUCAGGGAACCGGCAGAACGCUGCUCGGUCGCUGUAUGGCCAGUCAGCUGGGGGCGGCCUUCCUGCGGCUCAGCGGCUCAGCCCUGGUGACCAAGUGGCUGGGGGAGGGCGAGAAGAUUGUCCAGGCAUCCUUCCUAGUGGCCCGGUGUCGCCAGCCCUCGGUGGUGUUCAUCAGUGAGGUGGACAUGCUGCUGUCGGCCCAGCUCAGCGAGGAGAGCCCGGUGAACAGAAUCAAGAGUGAGCUCCUCAUGCAGCUGGACAGUGUGCUGACCUCAGCUGAGAACCACGUUCUGGUGGUCUGCUCCACCAGUAAGCCCGAGGAGAUCCAAGAGUCCUUGAGGAGAUACUUUAUCAAAAGGCUCCUCAUUCCCUUACCUGACAGCACGGCGCGUCACCAAAUAAUCAGCCAACUGCUCUCGCAGCACAGCUAUUGCCUCAGUGACAAAGAGAUGUCAAUGCUGGUCCAGCGGACAGAGGGCUUUUCAGGACUGGACGUGGCCCGGCUUUGCCAGGAAGCUGUGGUAGGUCCUCUCCAUGGCAUCCCAGCUUCGGAUCUGUCUGCCAUCCAUCCCAGCCAGAUGAGACCAGUGUCCUACCAAGACUUUGACAAUGUCUUUUGCAAAUUCCAGCCCAGCAUAUCACAAAAAGAACUGGACACUUAUACGGAAUGGAAUAAAAUGUUUGGUUGUAGUCAAUGAAACUACAGCGUUAGAACAUUCUUUAGACGCAUAACAUUUUUAAUUCUGUCCUUAGUAAACAGGAACUAGGCAAGAGAAUAUUACAAAACGUGGUGACCUUAACACCUACAGUACAGUGAAGGCAUAAGGAUAGGCCUGGGAGAAGCAGAGGCAUAUGUAAAAACUGGCAAUCUGGACAACAACACAUUGUGAUGCUUGAUACUGCUGAAACCAAGCAUUGUCUACCACUGUGCAAGUGAGUAGACUAAAACAGGUUGGAACACUUGUGUGUAUGUAUAUAUAUAUAUACCAUUCGGCUGUUCUUGAGAUUCAGUUACUAUCAAGUGCCUGAAGUGGUGCUCUUUUAUUUUGUAAUUAUUAUUUGUUCACCUCACAAUCUGUAUUGGUGGCAUGUGCUAAUAUAAAAAGCUUUAAUGAGACAGAAAUGACAAAAUUGCUUUUUUCCAUUCAAUUUUUCCAACAGUAUUCUUCAAAUGUAUCUGUUAUGCUGUCUCUGUAGACAGGAGAAAAUAUGUGUGGUAUUGGUAAUCUGUUCUCUAAUUUAUCGACAACAUUAGGGGUUCGAGAAGCAAAGCUGGUGAAACCCUACUGUAGUUCUUCUGGUUUAUUAUUAUUAUUAUUAUUAUUGUUUCUUUUGAUGUUCUCUUUGAAAACUCAGGAAAGUGAUUGUGAUAUGUACAGUACCUCAAAAGAUUGUGUCAAAACACUGCACACUGAAAAGAGCAUUUGGCAUGCUUUUUAAUUAGCAUUAUCAAAAAAGUAGUAGUUAUGGUACAUUAAUAGGCAAAAAUGACAAGAGUAUGACAUUGAAUGUACCAGAGAAAUUCUGGAGUAUUUGGAAAGACGAAGGGGGGUUGUGUUUUUCUUUGAGAUUAUACACGAGACAAAUCCCAUUGUGAAUAUACUGUAUUUUUUUUAAAUGUAUCAAGGCUGGAGGAAUUAUGUUUCUGAAAUGCUAUUGACUACAAUACAUUUGACUGGCCUUGAUCCAGAGUACAUUAAGAGAACACAUUUUAGUUUUUAUUUAAGGGGCCCAGUGCAGUCAAAAACUUGAUUUCCUGUUUUUUCUUGAUGAUAAGGUAUUUCCAUACUAUGAGGUCAGAAUAACACAUGAAUGUUACGCAUUUUGAUGCCGUUUUGUGUAACAGCUGUUUGGAAAAAAUCCUGAAUGUUCAGUCUUUUCAGGUGUGAUGAAACUUUUAGAAUGCCUAGUGACACCGGGUGGUAAAUUUGGUAAUAGUGGGUUCCAAGCCAACCAAUAUCAGCUAGAUGUCCCCUCCAAACUUUCAUUAUCCUCAGAAUAUGCUUGCUUUAGAACUUUCUCUUUGCAGAAAAGCAAUUUUAACAUAAACAAUUGUGGUAAGUAAUUUCAUUGAUACCCGGAAUGAUCUGAUAUUUAAAUAAACAUGUCUGCAAUGUGGGCGUUAAUCCUCAUCUGCAGGAGAAAGCAUAACAUAUGUAUUUGUCAAACAUUAUCAGCAGCUUAAUUCUGGAUCUCAUCUGCAGAUAGAACUAUAAAGCAUCUUGCGGCAGAAUAAUGGUAUAAGAAAUUGUAAGGCUGCAGAGAGCAUUGUGGGGUUGAAAUAUCUAGUCAUUUCCCCCAAGGUAUUUCAUUUAAUCCUGUUGCUAUUUCAUCAUUAAUGAAACCUAAGGAUUAUGUAUGCCCCAAGUUCUUUUCUACCUCAGUUCAUUCAUUUUUCUUAAAAGCAGAUUCGAAAGGGAUGGCUAGAUGACAGAGGCAAUUUAGCUCUUUCCUUUUGAGGGAACAAAAAAGCUGCCUUUCUGUCAACAAAAUUACAUAAGUUAAUGUUCUACCUUUAGUGUAGUCCCCAUAAUAGACACCAAUUUAAGAGUAUUUCUCUGAGCAGAAGCAGGUUGGUCUUGAAAAGGUGUCAGGGGAUAUUAGCCCUGUCUUUGAGCCUUUCUUUAUGUGUCAUUUUUCACAGCCAAUCUAUGUUAUAACUAUCAGUGUUUAGUAAUAUGCCAGAACAAGGGCAAUGGAGACAAAGGACUGAUGUCUGCAUGAAAAGCCUUGCAUUGAAUGUAUUUUGUUGUCCUUUUUUUUACUAAAACAGCAGGAAAACUGUUGCAAAGCACUGUGGAAGGAAUGCCACUACAGUAUUACUGUAGGUGUUAGCAGUACAGUGCAAGUGCACUGACAGAUGUUGCAUUUAUGUUUACUAGCAUAUCAAUGAGGUAUUGACCCGUUUUCUGUUUCUUAUAUUUUAGAUUUACAUAUAUCUUUAAUUUUCUCCAAAACGUGCACUGUUACAAUUACAUAAGUAAGACAAUGACCUUAUUAUUCAUCUGGGGAAAUGUUGCUUCUUGCAGCACUGUGCAAAGUUAUUUGUUCAGCUCCAAUAACGGCACUUACUGAGCAACAGGAGGCCGUAGAAUCACUGAUGGUCCAUGACACUUCCUUGUUCAACUGUAGCCUUAAAGGGAUACUUCUGGGUUUUGGGCAAAAAGUCAGUUUAUCUAGUUCCCCAAAGACAGAUUAACUUUUGGAAACCCUGUAUAUAUGCAUUUGCCAGGGCUUGCUCUAGAAAUACAGGAAAAUCUUAAAUGUGACCCUGUUUAAUCUUGUUACACAAAGAAUAAGAAAAUAAUUAUAAUGUUUUAGCGACCAUUAUGAAUAAAGUUAGAGGUUGUUUAUUGAACCAAUGCUAACUACCUUGAGCAUACUAACUGAGAAAACUAAAAUGACAGCAUAUAGUGUAGACUUCCAGUAAUUGCACUUAAGCUAAUGGGCAACUUCCUUGAAAUGGAAAAAAUUCAUAGGUAUUGUAUCCUCCUUUAAAUCUAACUCUGGGGAAGUAGAUGAAAGGGUGCUUGGACAAAAUCCUUAAUUAUCCCUUUAAGAAUGAUAAUUUCCUGGGUUUGUUAAACAGCUACAUAUGAACUGCGGUAAAAUAGAACACUAUUCUAAACUUUUGAACAAAUAAACAACACUGCAUCUUAAACAACAUUGAUGUUCCAAAAAUCGAAAUCUACCAGUUAUUUUAUUUGAUCUUUGUAUAAUAUUUUGCUAUGUGGAUUGUAUUGCCAUAGGUACAUAUGAUAAAAGUCCUCUAGUUGAAUUGCAGUUAACCAAAUGCACUUUUCAUUAUGUACUGUCAUGUUAUAUAAUUCGUUUUAAGUCUCCCUGGUUCCAUAGUGAAAUCAUUUUAGAAAAUGCAACUCAAAAUGUAAAAAAAAUACAUUUAGCGAGUUAAGCAGAUAUAGAAAUUAUGAAACAUUUAUCGAUGAACUUAAGGCAAGACAAUUUAAUGAAUAGCAAAGGUCUUUUUAACAACAUAUACAGACACUAACAAAAAGAGGAGGUCGGACAGUAAAAAUUUAAUGAAAAAUCAACUCAUUCCAACAUACCGUACAUAAACCACACAGUUGUACUAUUUGUUGAGUGUAAGGAUAUUCAGCUGGAGGACUACAAUGUGAUGGAUGGGCCUGAAUAGGAAAUAUGUACAACAAACAAGUCUAACAAACUAGCUAAAGAAAGGUUGAGAAGCACAUUCAGUGUAUUUGCCCCCAUUUCUGACAAUGUCAAUCAAUUGAAUUUCGUUUUUCAGCCUCUGUCAGUGUCUCUCUGGGUGGGUUUUGUACAGAACUGCUUUAGAUGUUGGCUUCAUCUCUAUGUAGUCGUAUCUGUUUUAUAUUCAAAUGUUGUACUUUAUAACCAUUUCUACCUCAUUGCUACAUAUUGUACAUGUAGUACUUAUGUUCUGUCUUUUUGAAUGUCAUGCAUUUGUAAAAAAAAAAAUAAUAAUAAAAAAAAAAAACGACAACUAAAAACAAAAACAUUUAUCAAAACAUUUAAAGCUAAAAAAGUUAUUAAAAAAAAUGAACAGCUAGCCCUUGAAUUCAAACAGUCUACCUCAGAAAGACUGUCCUUACACUGAACAGUAUUAGCAUCAGAACUGAUCCGACACAUUAGUCAGUAUGAAAGUGACGAAUAAUGCACACAUACUUGAGGCUGACUUCUAUGGGCUGCAUACUCAUGAUGCCACAUUUCUGCGGGGAUAUUGUGGGCUGUAUAGGUCUUCUCCAAGGUCUCUAAUGCAAAUUCACUUUUUAAACUAUAAUGACUCGCUUUAAUCCUUUGUGAAUUGUUGUAGUGCGCAUGUUAAUGUGUGUGUGUGUGUGUGUGUGUGCACUUACAAUUCAGUGUGUAAGUGAGAGGGGUUAACAUAUUAUGAUGUACACUUCAAAUUUAUACAGUACACAUGUACAGGAAAUAAACUUGCACAUAACGUAUGUGAACUCAAUGUACAUUUGCUACUGAUAUAUACGUAUUAAAAUACACCACAUACAGGUUUAUAUGUGUGUAUGUAUUGCCAUACCUACAGUCAAUGUAUAUGUAUUUUCAUUCAAGGUACAGUACAAAAAAAAAGGAUAAAAUGUUGAAUAAAGAUGUUUUUUUGCUGGAAACCGAAUGUUCUUU